UUCCUGACGACACUCUCUCUUUUAAUUUUUUUUUCCUCUCUCUCAAAAAGAAAAAAACCUUUUUUUCCAACGGCCGACCGGUGCUGACGUACCAGAGACGCUUCCCUCCUCAUUUCUCUCAUCUCCUUUCACCAGAUCUCACUCUUCUUUUCCCUGAUCCGGGUUUAUUUGUUCGUUUCGAUAGAUUUUCUUCUAUUUCCAUGGCUGCUCCACCUGCAAGAGCUCGAGCCGAUUACGAUUACCUCAUAAAGCUCCUUUUGAUCGGCGACAGCGGUGUGGGUAAGAGUUGCCUCCUUUUGCGUUUCUCUGAUGGCUCAUUUACUACAAGUUUUAUCACGACAAUUGGAAUUGACUUUAAGAUAAGGACUAUAGAGCUCGAUGGAAAAAGGAUCAAACUGCAAAUUUGGGAUACUGCUGGGCAAGAGCGGUUUCGAACAAUCACGACUGCUUACUACCGUGGAGCCAUGGGUAUUUUGCUCGUGUAUGAUGUGACUGAUGAGUCAUCUUUCAAUAACAUUAGAAAUUGGAUUCGUAAUAUUGAACAGCAUGCUUCCGACAAUGUCAACAAGAUUCUGGUGGGUAAUAAGGCUGACAUGGAUGAAAGCAAAAGGGCUGUUCCUACCUCAAAGGGCCAAGCUCUUGCUGAUGAAUAUGGCAUCAAGUUCUUUGAGACUAGUGCAAAAACAAACUUAAAUGUUGAGGAGGUUUUCUUUUCAAUAGCCAGGGAUAUUAAGCAAAGACUUGCAGAUAGUGACUCGAGGGCUGAGCCACAGACAAUCAAAAUUAACCAACCAGACCAGGCGGCAGGGGCUGCAGCAGCUGCUCAAAAAUCAGCUUGCUGUGGGUCUUGAACAAACUAUGUUGAGGAUGAGAUCUGAAGGGUACAUUCUCUUCUCUAGGAAGUCGUUUUGGACCGGGAAAACUAAUUUUGUUACAACUAUAAUGUUCGUGUUUGUAUUGUUCUGCCUAUCAUUAUUUCAUAUGUGCUACUCUUUGGUGUGAAUUUUAGAUCCUUGGUAUUUUGCAAAAUUAAUUAUAUUAGAUUAUUUUUCCUUAAUAACA